AAUUCACAUCAAAGCUAGCAUUGGUAUCCAAGCUCCAUGUCCGUGAUAUACAAGCCGUCGCACACUGUCCCUCUCCGUGAAACCCCCUAUUUUGAUUUCAUCCAGUUGCUGAGUCCCCCGGCUGAACGGUACAUCUAACAUAACAUCCAGUCCUUUGAUCGCUUUCUCUGACCCUCACGGUGAGAUCUAGACGGCACUCGCUGUCUCCCCGGCUCGGUCGAGAGCAACGCGCGAAGAAGAUCGAAGGUAGCUCGAUCUCGGCUCCGACGCAAUGCCAAUGGCGAAGAAGAACGAAGAGAGAGCGGCGGAGUGCUUCUUGAUCCGCGUUGCUCUCCUGUCGAGGCUCAGCCUUCUGAUUCUGAUCGCCUUUUGGCGCCUCCUCUUCGCCUCCUAUGACACAUCCGCCUCCCUCAGCCCUAGCUGCCUCAGUACCGCAGCCCGUGACCAACCGCCGGAAGCCGUACUUUGGCCCCGGCUAGGGGCAGCGAUUGAGGCCAGCGUCGUCUGGGAUGGUGUCUUCUUCCUCCGGAUCGCCCAGUGUGGCUACGAGUACGAGCAGGCGUAUGCCUUCCUCCCUCUUCUUCCCGCCUGCAUCGUCCUACUUUCUCGAUCCGUGUUUGCUCCUUUGGUACCGAUAAUUGGGUACAGAGCUGUGUUGGCGAUAUCAGGUUAUCUGUUGAACAAUCUUGCCUUUUUGCUUGCUGCAGUUUUCUUCUAUAGGGUAUCAGUUAUAGUCUUAAAAGACACAGCGUCUGCAUUAAGAGCAUCAGUUUUGUUCUGCUUUAACCCAGCAUCAAUUUUUUAUUCAUCAAUCUAUUCAGAGAGUCUAUAUGCCUUAUUUUCACUUGGGGGAAUAAACUAUGUAUUUUCUGGUGCAAAUACUGUGGCGAUCCUCCUGCUUGCACUCUCUGGUUCAGCUCGGUCAAAUGGAGCACUUAAUGCUGGUUAUUUCUGUUUUCAGGCACUGAGACACGCUUAUGAUGCUAUCAAUCAUAAAAAGAAGUUGCUCGCAGCACAGGCGAUUCUGAUUGGAGCCAUACAAUCUAUUUUAGUAUUUGUGCCAUUUCUGGCAUUCCAAGCAUAUGGAUACUUCACUAUCUGCUUAGGUGGUAAUUCAACUGAUUCGAGGCCUUGGUGCAAUGAGAGAGUCCCUCUUCUAUAUGGUUUUCUUCAAAGUCAUUACUGGGGAGUAGGUUUCCUUAGAUAUUUUCAAGUAAAACAGUUGCCUAAUUUUCUUCUCGCAUCUCCGACUCUAUCUCUGGCUAUUGGCUCAGUUGUUCUUUACUCAAAUUUACUAUAUGAAGCUUUUCAGCCAUUACAUAUGCACAAGAAAAAUGAUUUUACUCUUGUGUCAAAGUCAGUUGAAUCAAAUAAAAGUUCAGAUGCUCCCCAUGCUUCAGCAAAUGAUAUGUCUUAUGAUAAUGGUCAAGCUAAGAAGAAGAUUAAGCGGAGAAAGCAGCAAGAAAGAAAACAGAAAAUUUCAGUGUGUUCAGAAGAUCAUAAGUCUCCUGAUCAAAUUCUUCAUUCAAAAGAAGAAAUUGACUUGAUCUUAGUUCUUCCUUUUAUCUUGCAUCUGGCCUUUCUGACAUUCACCGCCUUCUUCGUGAUGCAUGUACAGGUGUCAACGCGCUUCUUGUCAGCCAGCCCUCCUAUAUACUGGUUUGCAUCUCACCUGUUAGUCUCAAACAGGGUCAACUCCAGAAGAGUGGGCUGCUUUAUCUGUGCUUACUUUGUCAGUUAUGUCCUCCUCGGCAGUUUGCUCUUCUCUAAUUUCUAUCCUUUCACUUGAAGAAGCAGCAGUACUGCAAUGGCUCUCUUUGAUUUUAUGUGCUUGACUGGAAAUUGUAGGCUCAUAUGAGUGACAGGCUACCUGGCUAGAGGCUCUAAGCUUAAAUUAAGCUAUGUCAUCUCGGAAGAAGCUUCUGGUGAUCAUUCUCAAGGGGGAAUUAGUGGUUCUGGUGCACUCCCUCAUGUUUACUUUCAAUACCCACCCCUGCGAUGCAAUGCUCCUGGAACACGACAUGACGAUGGGAAUAAGUUGCUUCUGGCACCAUUAUCUGACCAUGUUUUGUCCUGGAAAGUUGGUACAUCACAGUUGGAUCCUCCCAGUUCUGAUUUUGUUGGUGGAGGACCUGGUUUAUUCAUCAGAUAUUCCCUGAUGCAAAGUUAAUAGGGAUUCAUAGGUCUAAUCAUGAGAUACAAUUCAAGAAUAGAGAAUCCAGGCAGAUAUUUAGUCACAUAUGCAAAACUGACUCUUGAGAGAAUACUUGGAUUCUUUUGGACAGACAGCCCCUCCUGUGAUCUUAUCUUGAUUAAGACAAGUGGCAUAAACAUGCUGUCAUAUGAAGCUGAUAUGAAUACUCUUCGGUUGGUGGAGGCUAAACAAUUUAGUCUCAAUUGGUAUGUCUAUACUCAUGAAAGUCGGAUGGUUCUUCUUGCUUCUGGAAUGCAGUGCACUAUGUUCUAUGGGUUUCAGGUAACAUCUA